CCCUCAGUCCUCAGCCCUGAGCCUCUCCGAGUAGUGAAAGCUGCUCCGGAUUAACUGGAGAAAUUCUCAUCAUGUCCGCGGUUAUUGUUUUCCUCUGGAGCAUCAUGAGCUGAUUUGGCGUUUUAAAUACUUUCAACAGAGGAAUACACUCAGGUCAGAAUGCGGCUGUGCUCCUGUGCCGUGCACACGUUGGUGCGAUGGAUGCGCAGCUGCUCCAGGCGCAGUCGCAACCGCCUGCCUCGGAGACUGCGGGAGCCCCUGAGCUACACCAGACUCAUCCUGAAUUCCCUCUGCCACAACUCUCUCCUCAACUGUGAUCUUGUGACCGAUUCCCUUUUUGAGCCGGUCUUCUGGAUGGUGGAUGUUAUCACCCGCUGGUUCGGGAUGGUCUUUGUGUUUUUAGUGAUAGUUCUCACCAGCUCUGUCCUCUUAGUCGCAUAUAUGUGCCUCCUCCCUUUGGCUCUUAAAACAUAUCCUAUUGGCUGGUUAGUAUGGCACUUAUGCUAUGGACACUGGAACUUAGUGAUGAUUGUCUUCCAUUACUACAAAGCAACAACGACGUCUCCUGGACACCCUCCAAAGAUGAAGACUGACAUUGCAUUCGUGUCUGUCUGCAAAAAGUGUAUAAUGCCCAAACCAGCAAGAACUCAUCACUGUGGCAUUUGCAAAACGUGUAUAUUGAAAAUGGACCAUCAUUGUCCUUGGUUAAACAACUGUGUUGGUCAUUUCAACCACCGUUACUUCUUCUCCUUCUGUCUCUACAUGACCCUCGGCUGUAUAUACUGCAGCAUCAGUGGCCGUAACCUCUUCAUCGAUGCAUAUCAAGCCUUAGACCACAUCAAGCAGAUGGAUAUGGAAAAGCAGGGUGUUCCAGUGACAGGUGUAGCUCUGCUCAUAGGAAUCCUUCCUCAAGAAACUCUAACUGAGAAGAGUCAAACUUCAGCAGCUCUCACUUUUAAGGACCGGAUGUUUCAUAAGAGUGUUAUCUACAUGUGGGUGCUUACUAGCACAGUAGCAGUUGCUUUAGGAGCUCUGACCUUGUGGCAUGCUGUCCUCAUCUCCCGUGGAGAGACCAGUAUUGAGAGGCAUAUCAACAGUAAAGAAGCCAAACGCAUGGCCAUACAGGGAAAAGUUUAUAAGAAUCCAUUCAGCUAUGGGAAAUUGAACAACUGGAAGGUGUUUUUUGGAGUAGAGAAGAGGAGUCACUGGCUAACUCGGGUUUUACUGCCGUCCGGACACAGUCCUUACGGCGACGGGCUGACGUGGGACAUCUACCCGAUUAAAAAGGACAUGAUGCCAGUCUAAAUUUGAGCGCCAUCAGAUGUAAUGUUUGUUAGGUCGGAGCACAGGUCACUGCCUGCCUGUGGAGCCAUAAUCCUGCAAGUCGGCCAAGCCUAGAUUUACAGCAGUGACGUGAAAACAAGCAACCAUGAAGAGGGAAAAACUGCCUUGUCCCUGGAAUAAUAAUGACAUUUUUUAACAUAAUGAUGACGAUGAUAAUUUUUUAUCUACCAUGCAUUUCCAGAGCCUGGAUCUGAUCGUUUGGAUGAACUGGAACAGACAGUGGAGCUGUGCUCCAUUAAAUAUCAAAACUAUACACACACCAAUUAGCCUUAACAUUAAAACCACUGACGAAGGUGAAUUGAAUAAAACUGAUUCUCUCAUUACAGUGGCACCUGUCAAUAUUAGGCAGCAAGUGAACAGUCAGUUCUUAAAGUUGAUGUAAUGGAUGUAGGAAAAAUGGGCAAGCAUAAGGAUCUGAGUAAUUUCUUGAAAAGCUGCACAGUGUGAUGGCCAAAUGACUGUACAAGUGGAACCUACAAACUAUAAAGCAGAUGGUUUUAAUGUUACGGCUGACAAUGAUUGUUCAUGUUUUAUACACAUGGUAUUUUUCUCUUUUUAUGCAUUUUUACCCACCCAAAGUCUAGAGUUUUAGUGAGGGAAAGGUUAUAAUUAGCAAAAAAUUGUGUCUAUGGUUUUUUAUAAAGAACCAUAUGGACAAGGUGGUGGGUUUCUCUCGCCGGUCACUAUUACAUUUUUUGGAGUGUUUUUUAACAAAUAUAUGACCAAUAUUUAAAAAUAAAAUAUAUAUUGCUUU